CAUAAAUCUAUCAACAGUGUCACUAAACAGCUCAGCAAUCAGUAUCGGGGUGCGAUAAUAACAAUUAUGACGCAAAGUGCUAUCGGCAAAAAUGAUAAUUCAACCAUCUCGAAGUUGAUACCGUUUAUAACAACGGUAAUACUUUACUUUUCGCUCAUUCAACACACGGACCGUAGCAGCACUCCGUCAACGGUGCUAAAAUGUAUGCCGAUAUUCAGUUUAUUAUUUUUCGUCAUGUUGACGGCGUCGAAAACUCCCACGGCGGGAAAAUAUCACCAACGCAUCAUGUUUGGCCUUCUGUUUUCUUCGGUUGGUGAUUUUUUAUUAAACUACGAUCUGUUUGAAGCUGGGAUGGGUGCGUUCGGCGUUGCUCAAGUAUUUUAUAUAUGGGCGUUCGGUAUGAAACCUUUGAAGCUGUGGAUUGGAGUGACCUUAUAUGUGUUAGGAUUUUUGGCUACUGCUGUGUUCUUUGGAAAUUUAAAUUCCGUGAUAAAAGUAUGUCUUCCAUUUUAUGCAAUUCUAUUGUUGACCAUGUGUUGGAGAUCUUUGGCUCGGAUUGAUGAAUCCAAUAACUAUUUAAGGCUUUUAUGCGGCAUUGCCAGCAUAUUAUUUGUUAUAUCCGACGGAAUCAUAGCAUUUGACAAAUUUUUCACAUCCAUACAAUCAGCACAAACCUACAUAAUGGUGACAUACUACCUCGCGCAAGUAGGAAUAACCCUCAGCGUUAAUGAUGUGCAACUCAAUGAGUCAACAGGCUUGAAAAAGCUUUCUGGACGAAAACAGAAAAAAACUGGAACUAAAUCGAAUUAAAUAUGGUUAUGGUUCUAAAUUGUUCAAUAUUUGUGAAACAGUCAAGAAUACUGAAUCUGUGAUUCUGCUUCUUCCUAGGGUUGGAAAUCUUCCAUUAAAUAUCAGAUUUAUAUUCUUGUUGAGAAGAAAAAUAAAUAGACUGGUUAUA